CUCGCUCCAGGAAGCUUUGUCUGCCAUUAUUGCUUCAGGCGAAUUGUAUUAUAUUCCAGUUUAUUUACUAAAUUAGGCGAUUUUGAAUUGUUUAUUGCGUGAAAUUAUUGUAGUAAACCACACUGAGAUUCACAGAAAGAUAUGGCAACGGCCGCGUUAUCGCCUGGGCCGUCAGGAUCUGCAGGCACACCUGAUAGUGGUAAAGGAUCUAGGAAACGAAACCGAGGGAAAGAGUCUGAUGAUGAAGACAGCCAGGGAGGAUCGUUCGGCAACAAUCUGGAGCAAGCUGAUAAAGAGAGGUUUGCUAGUACGCUACUUGCCAGAGAGAGUCACUGUGAGAUCGAGCGGCGGCGGAGGAACAAGAUGACAGCAUAUAUCAACGAAUUAUGUGACAUGGUGCCUACCUGCAGCACCCUGGCCCGAAAACCAGACAAGCUGACCAUUCUUAGAAUGGCAGUCUCUCACAUGAAGACACUUCGAGGCACUGGCAACACUAACACAGAUGGAUCGUACAAGCCAUCAUUCUUGACAGACCAGGAGUUAAAACAUCUAAUUCUUGAGGCUGCAGAUGGGUUCUUGUUUGUUGUGCAGUGUGAUACAGGGCGUAUUAUCUAUGUGUCCGACUCUAUAACGCCUGUCCUCAACCAAUCACAGUCUGACUGGUUUGCAAAUGUCUUGUAUGACCUUGUCCACCCUGAUGAUGUGGACAAAGUGAGAGAGCAGCUUUCUACAACCGAAUCUCAAAACACAGGACGGAUCCUAGAUCUCAAAACUGGUACUGUGAAGAAGGAAGGUCACCAAUCCUCAAUCCGCCUUUGUAUGGGAUCUCGUCGUGGUUUCAUCUGUCGUAUGAAAAUGGGCAAUGUACAAGUAGACCCAAUGACAGCUAAUCACACAGUUCGGAUACGACAGAGAAACACUCUAGGACCUUCCCAUGACGGCAAUCACUACUCUGUUGUUCAUGUCACUGGGUACAUCAAGAACUGGCCGCCUUCAAGUGUACAGAUAGAUCGUUCUGACGGUGAUGAGCAUGGCGGAAGUCAUUGUUGUCUUGUAGCCAUUGGUCGGCUCCAGGUGACUAGUACACCAAACUGCAGCGACAUGUUCGGACCAAAUGCUUCCUCAGAAUUCAUAUCACGACAUAGUGUAGAUGGGAAGUUCACUUUUGUGGACCAAAGAGUAACAGCUGUCUUGGGUUAUCAGCCCCAAGAGCUGCUGGGAAAGUCUGCCUUCGAUUUCUACCAUCCUGAGGAUCAAGCUCACAUGAAGGACACGUUUGAUCAAGUCCUGAAGUUGAAAGGGCAGGUGAUGUCGAUCAUGUACAGAUUCCGAGCCUCAAACCGAGACUGGGUGUGGCUCCGCACCAGUAGCUUCAGCUUCCAGAACCCCUACACUGACGAAGUCGAGUACAUUGUCUGCACAAACUCAUCAGCGAAGAGUGUCCAGCAAGGUCCCUCUGCUGCAAUUCCGAACCCCGGUGACCAGUCUGCCGAACCUACUCCAACCAUCAACACAUAUCCUGCCAACCGUACCAUGCCCACAGACAUCAGGAAGGAUUACGCUGAAGCACCGUCUUAUCCCUCCGACACCAGCCGUUUUAUUGCCCCUGAUGUGUACUCCCAAUAUCAGCAGCCCACAAUUAGGUACCCCAGUCAUUCUUCCAGCAUGGGUCUGUCCCAGACCUCCACAGUGCCUUCUGUAGGACCUGGGGUCAUGAGGAGGAGCCCCGCCCAACCAUCUGGCUGGUCAGGCGCAUAUUCCAGAGAGAGUGGACCGGACUUCAUUGGGGCUGGAGCAGGUGCCCCCCAGGGCUAUAGUCAGAUCAGCCCCAACACCAACUCCCCAGUGGGUCCCAGCACCGGUAGUGCCAUCCCAGCAGGUGCCCCCUCCUGUCAACACCUCGCUUAUCGGUCCUCCUCCACAGGAAACCCCACUCUCUGGGGACAGUGGCAGCAGGGGACGUCCGGUGAUGUGGCAGCGGCAGCGCAGGCAGCAGCAGUGCAACAGCAGGCUCAGCAACAGGCACAGCAGCAGUCGCAGCAGCAGGCGCAGCAACAUCAAGGACAGGAGGAGUUCAGUGACGUGUUCAGAAUGCUGGAUCAACCUGCCUCAGAAUUCAACGACUUGGGAAUGUUUCCUAACUUUACAGAAUGAAUGCAAGGGAUUGGGGGGAUUUCUAAGGAAUGUAUGAACAAAGUCUGAAGCCUGAUGGUUGACACAUGGGUACCAGUGAAGUGGAAGACAGUAUUCAUUGAGAGUAUUGAAUGGAGUGCUAACAUCCAUGUGGAUGAAAUUGGGAAAUAGAGAACAUUUCAAAGUUGGUCACAUGGUAACUAACAGUAAUGAUUAGCUUCAAUCUGGUUAACACAGGUCAGCGAUUCUAUGGUGAUAUAUUAAAGUAAUUUAUUUAUGAAAUGAAGAUUGAUGGUGAUAGGUUAUGAUGGUGAUAUGGCAUUAGCAUGAUUGGUUCAUCUAUUGUAUUAUUGUUUAUUACACCAUGUUAAAGAUGAUGUUGUUGUACGGUACAGUGAAAUGCCAUGAAAUUGUGUAGCCCUUCACUGAUCAGAGACUUUGAUUGGAAAAAGAUUGUCAUAUCAACAAGUGCUGAAAUGGCUUCUUUGUCACAUUAAGAUAGGGAUAUAUUAAAUUUCAAAUGUUUAAUUGUGAUGUCUCUAUCAUUUGAAAUAAGUAGGUAAUUGAGAACCUAUAAUAAUAAAAUGUCAUGAAAUAGUUUUUGUUUAAUUUUUUGGAAAUUGUUACUUCAGGUUAUCAUUAUUUUGAUGGUGUAUUUACUUUUAAUUGUUUGCAUAUUGAUGGUUAUGAAAACAUCAUAUUCAUUUUUUGUGCUAUUUUUGGAAAUGUUUUCCCACAGUGGUUUGUCAUUUGAGAGAAAUGCAAAGGAAUAUUUGUUGAUUGUUCGUUACAGGUCUUUUACAAACCCAUACAAACCAGUUUUAUUGAGUCAGAAAGUAACUUCUUACUUUUAUAUGACAUUGAAGGACCGUGAGUUUUGAGGAUAUGCUUUUGAUAUGAUUUGAAGAAUGGAACUGCAUAAUUCCUUAUCCCAUAAUGCCAGAUGGUGGUCCUGUCAUUAUAUCCUGUUGGUGAGUCACAGUGGACUGGCAUGUGAUGGCCAGCAAUGUAAACAGUCGUUUGUCAUCUUCAGUCACAAACAUGGUAAGCAUGUAGUCCAAGUCAGUGUUGUUUAACUCUGUUGAACUAUUUAUCCCACCUAUCUUUCGUGUUAUACCUUUUAUUUCUCCAGUGAGAGAAACGUCUAUGUCAGUAUUCAAUAUUUCAUUUAAAAACAUGAUGUUUUAUCAAUUUUACAUAUGUAUUUGAUAUGGUUUGUUUCACAGACACUUCCCUACAAGGAACUAUUUGUGUUGUUAAGACAAAUGUUAAUGAUAUUGAAAGAAAAGUGAUGUGUUUCUGUGCAACUUGGCGUUAGGUCCAUUAUUGCCCCUGCAUAUAGCUAGGUUAUAGAGGCUAUCUGACAAGUUCAAGCAAGACCCGAACAUCUCUUAUAGCCAAGAUUUAACCAGAGACAAAUGGUCAAUAGAUGGACAAUCCUUCUGAGAUGGGUAACAAUUUCUUGAUAAUUCAUUUGGUUGGAAAGAGUUGUUUCUGAUUAUUUAAAUUAUUAUCAUUAUUAUUGUUUUUCUUUGCAUGUACAAUGUGGAAUAAUACUUGUAGCAUAUAGAUUUGUAUUCUGAAAACUUUAUGGCAACAUUGUAGGCAAAUCUAAUGUGAUUUUGUAAGAAAGCUUUAAUAAAUUGUACCACAACAAUUCUAUGGAUGAAACAUGUAGACAGUGUCUAUAGUAUUUUAUAUCAUCUAUUGCAGUUGGAGUAUAUUUUUGUACUUGUUUCCAUUUGGAUUAGAAAUGUUUUAAAGUGCAUUUACCCUCAUUUAUCACCAUUUAUAGAAGCCAGUAGUGCAAGCUUGGACUUAGACAAGGAAGUUUGUUUGAAUUGUUGUUGUUGCACAUGAUAUCAUAUGGGUUAAUAUGUGCCAUUUAUAUAUAUUUUAUGCAAUUUAGAUAUAUAUGCUAUUGAUAUUUUGAACAUUAUACUUUGCAUUACAUACAAACUACAUUAUAUCACAA